AUGAUUGAGGGAAUGGUGAAGGAUGGUGUUAUUGAACCUUCAUCUAGUCCAUGGUGUUCACCUGUGGUGCUGGUAAAGAAGAAGGACGGCAGCAUGCGGUUUUGUGUUGACUACCGCCGCCUGAACGAUGUUACAAAGAAGGACAGCUAUCCCUUGCCAAGAAUUGAUGACACGCUGGACAUACUUACAGGCGUAAAGAGGUUUAGAAUGGGCCUGUGGCAAUUUAAAGUCAUGCCGUUAGGAUUGUGCAAUGCUCCAGCUUUGUUUGAAAAGUUGAUGGAGCUUGUACUUACCGGGCUAAUUGGAGAUGCCUGUCUCGUCUAUUUGGAUGACAUCAUCAUCGUAGGCCGUACGUUUGAGGAACACCUUCAAAACCUGGAACGCGUGCUCAUGAAGAUCCAGAGUGCCAACCUCAAGUUGAGUCCAAAGAAGUGCUCACUAUUCAAACGGCAAGUUAGUUUUUUGGGGUAUGUAGUGUCGGAAGAAGGUAUCCGCACGGAUCCAGAGAAAAUUGCUGCUGUCAAGGAGUGGCCGGUCCCAAAAGACAAGACACAGGAGCUCAAGAACCGUCUGUGCAAAACACCUAUUUUGGGGUACCCUGAUACGGGCAAGGAAUUCAUAGUUGACACAGACGCAAGUGAUAUUGGAAAUGGCGGUGUGUUGUCUCAACGGAAUGGUGAUCAAGAGAUUGUGAUAGCGUACUUCAUCAAGUCGUUGUCAAAGCCGGAAAGGAACUAUUGUGUCACAAGACGGGAAUUGCUUGCUGUGGUAAAGUCCUUGCAGCAUUUUAGCAAAUAUCUUCUAGGGCGGAAAUUCCACUUACGAACUGACCAUGCUGCACUGAAAUGGCUAUUGCAGUUCAAAAAUCCGGAAGGACAAGUUGCGAGAUAG